AUGGAGCUUCAGGCGAGCCUGAUAGGAGCCCGACUGGCCGCUGACAUAUUGAAAGAACAUAGUCGCGAGGCCGAAGUCUUCCUAUGGACGGACUCGAAAACGGUGCUACACUGGAUAAGGAACGACACCGUCAGAUAUACUCCAUACGUGGCUCAUCGUUUGGCAGAAAUCGCCGAACUGACGAAACCGACACAGUGGCGCUGGGUACCGACUGCCCACAACGUAGCCGACGACGCGACCCGCGCGGGAUACACACAAAUGACCGCUGCCGACAGAUGGUUUGUCGGGCCGGCAUUUCUGUACGCUCCGGAGCAAGAAUGGCCUCAUGAGAGCGAGCCCGUCCCAGCAGAGAUGGUAGCACACGUCCGGGAGGAGACAGAACCCGUGAUCGACAUUGCACGGUUCUCUUCAUAUGACCGAGUGAGGAGGACCAUGGCGCAAGUGCUACUAUUCGCAGAUAAAUGCAGGCGACGGGCACAGAAGCUAGGCACAGAGCAUUUCGCCAAAGCGGAGCAACUAAUAAUACGGCAGGCGCAACAGGACAGUUUCCCGAAGGAAACGCGGUGUCUACGCGAAGGAAAGACCGUAGACAGGACAAGUCGUCUGUUCCGCCUGGAUCCCGUUUACAAGGAUGGCAUAAUACGCUUGAACGGACGUAUAAACGCAGCACAGGUGCCGCUAGAAAUGAAGAAUCCACCCAUACUGGACGGAGCGCACCCGUUGGCGCAGAUGAUGAUUAAGAGAGAACACGAGCUACAUCAUCAUGCCGGCAGAGAACAGACGGUGAACACCCUGCGCCAAUACGUGUGGAUGCUGCGUUUAAGGCCGACCGUCAAGACCGUAUUACGCAAAUGCACAACAUGCGCCGUACGCCGGAGGAACCCCGACGUCCCAGUGAAAGGGAACUUGCCAAAGGAGCGACUCGACGCAUACGCCCGGCCGUUUACAAGAUGCGGUAUGGAUUGUUUCGGGCCUAUGUGGGUGACGAUAGGUCGCAGGCGAGAGAAGCGAUGGGGGCUCCUAUUCACGUGUAUGGUCACCCGGGCCGUGCAUAUAGAACUCAUAGCGGGGUUAUCGACCGACUCUGCUAUAAUGGCGAUACGACGCAUGGCAGCGCGUCGCGGCUGGCCACGAACCUUUAUGUCGGACAACGGAACGAACUUUCGCGGAGCCGACGUGGAGCUUACGACUGCGUUUAAGGAAUGGCUCCCUGAACUGGAAAAGUACGUCAGCAACAAGAGGAUAAACUGGCGGUACAGCGACCCGGGCGCACCGAACCAAGGAGGAGCGUGGGAGCGACUGAUAAGGAGCGUGAAGAGAGCGCUAGCAGUGGUACUGCACGAGCGGGCGCCGAGAGAAGAGGUGCUCGCAACGCUAAUGACGGAAGCAGAACACACCGUCAAUUCACGCCCCUUAACCCACGUCUCAGUGCGACCCGAGGACGAAGAGGCGCUGACCCCCAACCAUUUUCUGAUGGGCUCAGCCGUCGGCCUACCGUACGUAGGUACCACCGACGUUGCCGACCGCAGAACGUGGCGCGCAGCACAGGCGCUCGCUCGUGCAGUACCACUGCUAGCGCUCUCUUCACGCUCCUUAUCAGUCGCUCCCACGCUCCUCCUUGGUUCGGUGCGCCCGGGUCGCUGUACCGCCAGUUUAUCCUCUUGUUGCUGA